AUGUCGACGGUUGCCCAGGACAAAACCGCUCAGGAUGAGCGAAAGCUCGAGCAAGGUGGUGUUGCCGCCCCGGCGCCAGCCAGCAGCGGCGUGCACCCGGCGCUCUUCAUUGCCCUCUGGAUUGCCAUGAGUUCCAGUGUUAUUCUGUUCAACAAAUGGGUUCUCGCAGCUGCGCAUUUCGCUCUAUUCUUGACAACAUGGCACAUGGCUUUUGCCACGGGUAUGACCCAGAUUCUUGCGCGCUGCUCGACAGUGCUGGACUCGCGCAAGAAGGUCCCCAUGGACACCCAAACUUACAUGCGCGCCAUUGUGCCUAUUGGCAUCAUGUUCAGCUUGAGUUUGAUCCUUGGUAACCUGGCCUACCUGUACCUGAGUGUUUCCUUCAUUCAGAUGCUCAAGGCCACCAACGCCGUCGCUACCCUGGUUACUACCUGGGUUUUCGGCAUGGCUGCACCCAACAUGAAGGUGCUUCUGAACGUCUCCGUCAUCGUUAUUGGUGUCGCCAUUGCUUCGUUUGGAGAGCUCAAGUUUGAGAUGUUUGGUUUCUUGGUCCAAAUCUUUGGUGUCAUUGCCGAGGCUAUCAGACUUGUCAUGGUCCAGCGCCUUCUCAGCGGUGCCGAGUUCAAGAUGGACCCUCUUGUCUCCGUCUACUACUAUGCUCCCGCUUGCGCUGUCAUCAACGGUGUUAUCACCGUCUUCUGGGAGGGCUCUCGUUUGACCAUGGCCGAUAUCUACUCUGUCGGCGUUAUCACCUUGAUUGCCAACGCCUUCAUUGCUUUCUGCCUGAACGUUUCCGUUGUCCUUUUGAUUGGUAAGACUUCUGCCGUUGUCUUGACCAUGAGCGGUGUCCUGAAGGAUAUCCUACUUGUUAUUGCCUCCAUGGUCAUCUUCGGUGACCCGGUCACUGGCCAGCAGUACAUUGGUUACGGUAUUGCUCUCGGCGGUCUUACCUACUACAAGCUUGGAGCCGAGAAGAUGAACGCCCUGGUCACGGAUGCUCGCCUCUACGUCAACGAGACUCGCCGCAACAAGCCCGCCCUGGUCAAGGUUAUCGUGCUCUGCGCCGCCCUCGGUGUUGUCACCCUGAUCACUCUCGGCUGGUGGAGAAACACCCCUGCCACUUCGCUCCCUGUGCCCCAGGAGUAA